AUUUUGAAAAGUACUCUUAGUUCAAAAAGUGAGUUAAUGUUCAUAAACAAAUUUUUAAAUAAAUUAACAACUGAAAAGGAAGCGUUUAUAGAUUUUUAAAGAAUGUUAUUUAGUCCUCUUUCACCAAACAUCAGUAAAAGUGCUUUAACAUCGAUAAGAAGACGACUAUCAAAUGCUUCCCCGCGUAUUUGUCCAACACCUCCUAGACGGAGCUCUUUGGCUAUUAAUUCAAUUAUAUAUCAAAAUAGGGGGCCGUCUGCUAAUUUAACAACACCUACUUCUCCUGCUGUAUUUAAUUUCAACGAAUUGCCUAGAAAGUCAGUUACAGAGAUUACCAAUAGUCCUUUAAGUGCAAUAAAAAAUAGGCGACCUUCUAUUAGAUUAGAGAAACUCAUUGGUGCAGGAGGAUUUGGAAAAGUGUACGCAGGAAGAUGGAAUGGACGGAAAGUAGCCAUUAAGAAAUUAAAGAAGAAGACAGCUAGAGAUGAAUGUAUAACAUCGGAAGAGUACGCUCUAAAUUUUUCACACCCAAAUAUUGUUCGUGUAUUUUGGGUAGAUACAAUUGAUAGCUGUGAAGCAGAAACUAUAAUUGUUAUGGAAUAUGCAGGAAGAAAGAAUUUGCAACAUAUAAUUGACAAUUACGACGAAGUAUUACCUAUGAAUACAAGAAUAAGAUAUCUGACUGACUUACUGAAAGCUCUUGAAUACAUGCAUUCUAAAGACUUUGUUCAUUUAGAUGUUAAACCAGCCAAUAUUAUUAUUGAUUCAGUAACAGAUACUUGUAAAUUGGGAGAUUUUGGUUGUGUACAAAAGCUGGGAGAUUCUCACUCAGUGGAGAGUAAUGUUGUUGGUACUUAUGCCUACAGGGCACCAGAACUUUUUAGAGGUCAAUAUCCUUCUGAUAAGUCUGAUAUAUACUCUACGGGCAUAAGCAUGUGGCAAAUGAAAGAGAGGAGAGUACCUUACGAAAAUGUACAUCAUCAUAUAAUAGCAUUUAAAGUUGUAUCUCAAAAUCGAAGACCAUCUAUUCGACUGUUAGACUCCUCCGAAGAAGAAUCCAUAUACAAAGACAUUUUUACACAAUGUUGGCAAGGAGACCCAAAAAGUAGACCGUCUGCUAAAGGUUUAUUAGAUGUUUUAUCCCAUAUAAAUUAG